AUGAAAACAACAAUGGCGUAUUCCGUGAACAUCUCCGUAGAGGCGCCGAUUGAGAAUCAGAUACAGGAAAUCACCUACGAUGGCCAAGAGAUUUACCAAGCACCUCUCACGUUAUCGGAGAACCUGGCGAAGAUCGCUCAGAAGAUCGACUUCAGUAAGACGAACGGCGAGGAGGUGAAGAAGGAGCAGUUGGAAGGUAACGAGAAAAGCGAGGAGGACACGAAAGACCCCGCUUCGUUUCAAUCCUCUUUAUGGCCGUGGGACAGCGUUAGGAAUAAAUUAAGGAAUGCCUUGACCGAGGUUUGCGUAUUGGCCGACGUGCUUGCGAUAGCGAAGGAAAAGAAUUACAUGGUAUUGGAUCCGGUGCCGCAGGAGUCGACCGAUGUGAAAUCGAUGAUACAGGUGUACGCUAGGAAAAAGGCGUUGGCGGGAGCGGCGUCGGUUCUCAUGAUGGGCGCCGAGAGACUGCGAAACUGCCAGGCCGAAUUAGCCAGAACCAGAUCCACCCCCGACUUCCACAUCGAGCUGUUGAGAUUGCGGCAAAACUGGCGUCUGAAGAAAGUGUCCAACUCCAUCAUCGGCGAUCUCAGCUACCGAACUGCUGGCUCUAAGUACACGCAAACGGGCAUGUUUGAAGUUACCAAAGCCGAGGAAGAUGAAAAAAGUAGCAAUAGUCCACCGGCGUCUCCUAAUACCGGUAGCAAUAUGUCCGGGCAGUCUCACGGCCCUUCAAACUCAAAAGCGUCCGCCUUGCGCGUGACCAUACCCAGCGAGUUGCAAGGUGUUGCGUACAUCGAAGUAUUAUGCCAGAAAGAUCAGGAAGAUUUGUGCAACGCAAAUAUAAGUUUGCUCAACAGUAGUGCGAAUAAUUCAAAUACCGAUAUGCAUUGGCAGCAAAAGUUGGAAGCUGCGCAGAAUGUUCUGUUUUGUAAGGAACUGUUUAGUCAAUUAGCGCGGGAGGCUGUACAUUUGCGCGCGCCUAUACCUCACAUGGUUGUCGGAAAUCAGAUAAUGGCCACGGUACUCCCGGGAAUUCAAUUAAUAAUUGGCCUGUGCCACAGCACAGGCAGCGACAAGAAACCUACGGCACCACCGCCGCACAAAACGGACCACGAUCACGUGCUGGAGCACUCCCUGCAUCAAUUGUUACGCGAAGUACAUUAUAACAAUAGCAAUCAUCCGUUUCCUCAUCCUGCCUCGGGGCCCCUCGGGCCUAGCAAACGCAGAUACGUAGCUGGCCCUACCGCUGCCGAUAGAUACGAACUUCUGGAAAUGACGAAGAGCCAGACUCUGCUAGAACAAAUUAUCCAACAAGCACAACACUUUUUCAUGCGUUUGCGCACAGAAUACGUGUUGGACACGAUAGCGAAGGAGGUGAAAGAUCCGCUCAUCGUUUCGCAUUGGAACGGAUUGAAUUCGCCGACGCAGUCUUGUGUAAAAAUAAAUAUCUUGACACACGGAUACGAUAGCGUGUGUCGAACGUCGAUGGUCGUUCACGUCGGUGAAAAGUCACUGAAAUGCGUGUGUCGCGACGGUAGGGUGAUGCACAUGAGUUACGAGCCUCAGGAACUGAGGGACCUAAUUUUCUGUCAGAUUUAUCAGCAUCAAAUAAGUGCAGUGCAGGCUCUCGCCAAGUGUAUGGGCUGGCAGUUUCUAGCUAACAGCUCACACCUCGGCCUAGGUUCGGUGGAACCCUUGGGUAACGCCAGCAGUUGCAUCCUUGCUUCGCCGAUCGGCGACAGGAUGAUAGCAGUACGAUGCGAACCACAAACGGGUGUGCAGGUCGCCAUUGCUCAUUCUCCCCGAAAAGACUUCUUCCCUGGUCAACUUGUUCGAGAGAGAAAAUGGGAGAAUCUUGGAGGUUCCUUCAAAGAAGUCAGAUGGGACAAGAUGGAAGGGAGGAAUUUUCUCAACAAAAUGGAGCUACUCAUGUCUUCUUUAACAAGUUCUUAAGUGUUGCAGAUUACGGUCAAACUUUCGUAUAUUUUUUUUUGUUUAGGACUGAAAAGUUUAUAUUUUUUUAUAUCUUUAACCUGCACUUACAUUCUAACGACAUAGAACAAAAUUGUUAGUGCACACAUGGUCAAUUCAGAGUAAGAUAAGAAGCAAAUUUUUCGAUCCAAGUUGAUUAUGUGCAAAACGCAAGACGCAUUUUUAUUCUAUGCGCGUGAUCAAGCAAUGUGAAAUAAUGG